AUGGGCCUGAUGGGGCAGAGGACCACAGAGACCACAUGUCCCCCCAAUCCAUGUGCAUCCGAACGGGUGAACGGGGUUCAGGCCGAGUUCAGUGUCCGCAUGUUAAUGAAACCUGCCCGUGCACAGCGCUUUGCCCUUGGCCCGAAACUCCCUUGGUCCAACCUUGGACGACUCCCUGUAAUUGUAAAUCCUGUGAUUGGUGAGGGUUUCUGCCGCCGUCACAUGCCGCGUAUUGCCAUUACCGACCUCAUUCGAGAUGGCCUCCUCGAUCAAACUGUUGAGCUGCGCAUCCUAAUGAAGUAG